AUGUCUAUGAAUCCCGAAGCGUUGCAGAAGCUCUUACUUGAGAUGGACAACCAGCUCAACAAGUCGAGGGCCGAGUUGUCCAUGUGCGACUUACAGUUGAGCCGAGUGGAAACCAAUUUGAAUAUGAUCAAGCAAACCACCAAGUCCUUGAAUGCGGUUUGUGAUACUGCAAGUGAUGAGAAGGUGUGGAAAGGCGUAGGAAAGGCAUUUGUGGCCACAGAUGUCAAUACUUAUUUGAAAGGGGUGUCCAAUGACGAAAAAGAGUUUUUGGAUAGCAAAAAAAGCUUACAGACCAAACAACGGUACUUGGAGACCACGUUAAAGAAUACUAUAGACCACAUGACCAAGUUGGUGCUGGGAAAGUCCGGAUAA